GGCUGGGCUGCACCGCAGCGCAUACACUACAAUGGCUGCUGGAAAGAGGGGAAAGCAAACAAUUUCCAGGCCCGCCGCGUCCAGCCCGAAAUAUGGGGAAAAAAUUACAGAAAAAUCGGAGAACACUGUAAAGGGUGGAAACGGGGCGCAGAGGGGAUGCUGAGGCUCCCGCGACAACAUACACUUUGUGCUGAUGUGGACUUAGUUUGGCCUUGUUGGUUAGCUCUCAGCAGCUGGGAUGUCCACUGCUAAGAUCAGUGCAUCAUCUGAAGCUAUAAUGUUGGUGACAGGCCAGCAAAAAUGGGAAGUACUGGAUUCUGGUUUCCUCCAAGAAGAGUCAGCGGAACUGGUUAAGACCAAAAUCUGAGGACUUUACUGGGCAACCAUCAGUCCCCUUUUGCUUUCUUUUACGACCACAUGAAACUUGAGAAGCCAUCUAAAGCUAAAUCAUUUAGUGGAGUUGGGCAAUUCCCAAGUGUCCAACAAGAAGGCCUGGUUUAGGCUGCGAUGGCCACUGUCAUUCCUGGUGAUUUGUCAGAAGUAAGAGAUACCCAGAAAGUCCCUUCAGGGAAACGUAAGCGUGGUGAAACCAAACCAAGAAAAAACUUUCCUUGCCAACUGUGUGACAAGGCCUUUAACAGUGUUGAGAAAUUAAAGGUUCACUCAUACUCUCACACAGGAGAGAGGCCCUACAAGUGCACACAACAAGACUGCACCAAGGCCUUUGUUUCUAAGUACAAAUUACUAAGGCAUAUGGCUACUCAUUCUCCUGAGAAAACCCACAAGUGUAAUUAUUGUGAGAAAAUGUUUCACCGAAAAGAUCACCUAAAGAAUCACCUACAUACACACAAUCCCAACAAAGAGGCCUUUAAGUGUGAAGAGUGUGGAAAGAACUACAAUACCAAGCUUGGGUUUAAGCGUCACCUGGCUUUGCAUGCCGCAACAAGCGGUGACCUCACCUGUAAGGUAUGUUUGCAGACAUUUGAAAGCACGGGAGUGCUGCUGGAGCACCUAAAAACUCAUGCAGGCAAGUCAUCGGGUGGAGUAAAGGAGAAAAAGCACCAGUGUGAACACUGUGAUCGUCGGUUCUACACCCGAAAGGAUGUCCGUAGACACAUGGUAGUGCACACUGGAAGAAAGGACUUCCUCUGUCAGUAUUGUGCACAGAGAUUCGGGCGGAAAGAUCACCUAACACGCCAUAUGAAGAAAAGUCACAACCAAGAACUUUUGAAGGUCAAAACAGAGCCAAUGGACCUUCUAGAUCCCUUUACCUGCAAUGUUUCUGUGCCUAUAAAGGAUGAGCUGCUUCCAGUGAUGUCUUUACCUUCCAGUGAGCUGACAUCAAAGCCAUUUACAAACACUUUGCAAUUGAAUCUCUACAACACUCAAAUUCAGUCCAUGCAGAGUUCUGCGUCUGCACACCAAAUGGUCACCACAUCAUUACCUUUGGGAAUGCCUUGUCCAAUAGAUAUGGAGUCUGUCCACCCAUCUCACCAACUAUCUUUGAAAUAUCCACUCAGUUCUACCUCAUAUGCAAUUUCUAUGCCUGAAAAAGAACAGCCAUUGAAAGGGGAAAUUGAAAGUUACUUAAUGGAGUUGCAAAGUGGUAUACCGUCUUCAUCCCAGGAUUCUCAAGCAUCUUCAUCUAAAUUAGGGUUGGAUCCUCAAGUAGGGCCACUAGAUGAUGGAUCUGGGGAGGUUUCCCUUUCUAAAAGCUCUGUUUCCAUUAGUGAAUCUCUAAAUACCCAACCGUUGGACUUUUCUCAGUUGUUCAGCUUCAUACCAGUAAAUGGCCCUCCCUAUAACCCUUCUGUUUCAGUGGGAAAUCUUGGAAUGAGUUAUACACAGGAGGAGGCACAUUCUUCAAUGGCUCAACUUCCACCACAAACACAGGAUCCUCACGAUCCUAGCAAUAGUAUAGGUCUUGGGUCCCUGCACUCAUUGUCAGCAGCUUUCGCAAGUAGUCUAAGCACAACCACCACCCUACCACGUUUUCAUCAAGCUUUCCAAUAGGAUGUACAAAGCUGGCUUAUUACUGUCUAUUUGUAGAAAUGCCUUAGGUAAUCAUUUUUAACUUAGUGCCUACUAUAAGACAUUACAAAUCCUUUGCUUUUGUACAGUACCAAUCUCAUGAAGCCAGUAAGAAAUUUAAAUUAACUUUUACAUGUUUUGAAAGUGUUUUAUUCUCAACUGUGUUUACUUUGGUUUUUUAAAAAUGUCUCAAUGUAUUGUUUGAAUUUUCACUGCUAAUUGACACACUGAUUUAAAAAAAAAAGAAAGCAAUUCCUACUAAACUUUGACAGACACCCCUUGUUUAAAACUUUUUUCAAAUGUAUCAGUCAUUCUGUUUUGUCAAGUAAAUGGUAGCUUGACCAUUUUACAUUUUGUGCAUUUUGUAAUAGAAUCCUAGUUUUUAAUUUUACACACAGCUUCCUGAAGAUCUUCAAAUGAACUAAAUGGUAGUAUCUUAUCUGGUCCAUAAUCUGAAAUAUUUUUUUAAAUUAAUAUAGAAUUCAAACUUCCUUGUUGGAAAUGUGUACAUACUUUUCAUUUUGACUUAAAGUCAUUAUGAAAGGUAUUAAGAACUUACUAUUUUCUGGCUUAAAUUGUUGCUCCCUGUAUCAAGAUUGGAUGAGAAGCAAUUUAACUUAAUUACUCAUCGACAAAAUUAUUCUUGCUUAAUUGGCCAAUGUGUCAAGUUAAAAUUGGAACUGUGUUGUGUUCUUGUGACGCUGGUGAAGGGAAAAGAGGCAAAAUUAAUGGCUGACCCUGAAAUAUAGGAGUGUUGUAAUUUAGUAGUGCAGAAUAUUUUGUCACAAUUUUUUAUUUAAUUCUUAACUUGCUGUUUUUCUUUUGAGUAGUAUAGAAAAAGUACUGCAUAGGAGUCUUCAGAUUUUAUAUUCACAUCUGUAGGCAUCAGUCUUUCCCAGCUGCCACAGCCAAAGUGUGGGUCAAGUCCAGCCAGAAGUUUUAUAUCUAGUGUCAGUUCAAUGUGAGUCUGCAGUCAGAGUGUGAAUGUAAAUUUGCAGAUAUCAAUUUUCAUUUUUUAAAGUGGAGUGGAUCUUUUCAGUUGUGUGACGUGGUGUGUUAUGUCCUCCUAAGCGACAAGUUAAAUGUUAAUCACACUUACUACACCUGGGUACUUGGCUGGGGACUUUUUGCCCAUUGCCAAGGUUUAAAGACAGGACUCUUAGGAGUGAAGUAAAAGCAUAUUGCUUACACCACUUUUACCUAAUCUGAUAUACCCCUAAUAACCAAAAGAGAAAUAACUGUGAUGUGUAAAUGCAAGCUAGAUUUGCUUUAACGCAAUACUAAUAUUCAUUUUCCUUGUCAUUUUUGGAUAAGGAAUUAAAAAAUAAAAAUGAAAUACAUUAGUAUCACUCAGUAGUGAGGAUGCUUACGAGGUUUUAAGUGGUUAAAAUAAAUAUACUUCACAGAAACAAAAGUUGCUCCCAUUGAAGGAGCUUUUGCUCCCAAUACUUUAUCAUUAGCUCCUACUUUUUUUUCUCUAGGAGCAAUAUGCAGGUGUAGUUUUACUAUUUUAUACUUAUAUGUAUUUAAAUUUUAUUACUGAAAGAUAAUGUUUUUAUAAAUGUGUUUUUGUUCCAAAGGCAUUAAAAUAAGGAUGUAUUAAUAAGGAUAAUACCUUUUCAAAUUCUGCAAACUACUCCUAGAUGUUGAGUUUAGGAGCAUAUUAUCUCAAAGUGGACUUUAGCUCUGCUUCAUGACUGCUUCCUUUAGUUUCUAUGAAACAGAUUGCUUACCUACAUCUUUUGUUGAAUGAUGUGUUCAGUAUUGCUUCCUCCUCCCUCCACCCCAAGCAUUUUAAGGAAAGAAAAAGUUUGUGUGAAAAGAGCACAAAAUAAACAGAACAGAAACACUUUAAUACUAGUUUAAACCAGCAAGCAUAAGAUAAAAAGCAAGUGGAAAGAAGUUACUUUAUUCUGGAUCUUGUUUAACCAGUUUGAGCUGAAGAUAAAUGGACUCCAUUCCCUUAAUGGGCCAUAUUGUAUGUGGAACUGAGCAUCUUCAACUUCUGAAAAGUUUUGGGUGCACAGAAUCUCACAGAAUCAUACCCUUCAUAGCCACAUUUGUCACCCAGAAAAGGCAAUUGGAGACAGACAAUUCCAUUAGGCUGUGUUUGUCAAUAUACGCAGCUGUUGGAAAAUGAAUAUGCAUAUCACCAAUUUCAGAACUACAGUGAAUUGUUAGUCUGGCAGCAGGGAAGGCCACUUGUUAGUGUUGCAAAUUAGUUUAAUCUUAACUGCCAACACAGAACAUUCUGACAGACCUAUCCCAUUACUUAAGGGGAUGGAAGUGGUGUGUAUCUAGCAUUUAGAAAAAGUGCCAUUUGUUUAUCAGUUUUAGUUCUGAUUAGACUUGAUUGAAAUUUUUUUUUUGCCAGCAUCCUUUUUCUUAGUAUAUAACCAGAAUCUUUACUACUAAUGGUAGUGCCUUAGCUUUGUAAAAAGGGAUUGACAUUUCACUUCAGAAAUAGGGACCUCAGACAAGAUAUUGAACCUCAUUCAGUCAGGGCUUCAGUUGGUGGCUACAUGAUGUAUGUUUGCUACUGAACUAGGAUGUAUGAAUAUGUGGAAGCAGAUUGACACUGUAAGCAAUAUUAACACAUUAGUGCUUUAGAGUAUAUUUUAGGCAGAAUUAUUAUUGGCCACUAUUAAAAUGUCAGUUUUUUAAACCCUACUUUCUUGUUACUGAGUUGAUUUUUAUUUUUUCAGGGGAGGGGAGGGAGGGAGGCUGGCUGAUCAUGCACCACUCUUUGUGCAACUUUUAAACUUCUAGUAUGUCUUUUUUUUAAAUACAUAUAUUUUUGUGUACUUGUUGCUUGUGCUUUAUUUAGUAGUAAAUUGUGGAAUAGAGUGAUUUAUUGUUAAUUUCACAGUAGCGGUUUUUAAAAACCAUAUACUGACUGAAACAUGAGCCAGAGCUGAUUGCUUAUUAAGCUAAUAAUGAAUGUUAAGAGUACAUAUUUUCAGGAUCAUUUGCCUAGUGAGCUAUACAUGUAUUAUAGGCCAAUAUUUUUUAAAAUAAAGCUUGUUCAACCUCUAUGUUACACAUAUUACAAGAUAUAGCACUUUCAAAAAGAAACCCUAAACCUUUUAAGAAAAUUUCUUACAGGUUAUGCUUUUUAUUAUAAAAACUUAUUAUAACUUGUUUCAAGUGCCAUUAGAUUACAUAUAUGUAGGACUUUGGUAUAAUGCUUUGUGUACAAAAUGGUAGACGUAAUUUUAAACAGGUACAUUUUUACAGUGUUUUCUUAUCAAUUUGCUAUAUUGCACAAAACCAGUGUGUCUUUCUUAAGGCUUUUACAAUGGUUUUUUACUAGGUUUACAUGUUUCAAACUACACUGUCUUCUACUGCCAUUUUUAACACCAAUAAAAAAAAAUUAGUCAUGCGUUCCUCACCAAUUAUAAACUGUGCACUCUGGAGUUUUGGAUGGUAAACUGUCAUCGAAUUUUAAAAUAUCCUAUCUUAGCUAUGCUGCUGUCUGAAGUAAACAUAGGGCCUGAUCUUACACCAUUAAAUUAAAGGGAAGCAGGGCUGCACCCUUGGUUAUGUCUGCUUGUCUCAUACACUGGUUUAGCAGCUCAUUCUACAUACUUUUCAGUCUAUAGAAGGCCUAUGAAAUGUACUUUGCUAUAAACUGUGUAGACACUCAGCUACCCAUCCUGCAAUCCUCCUAGUGUACAAUUAAAACUACCACCUAUUUAACAUUACACAGAAAGUCAAAAUAAAGUAAUGCAUUCUAGUUCAAAAGUAUAUCUGGAAAGUCCCAAAGCCCUUAUACAAUAAGGGUGUCUUACUUUGUUGGAAGGCAGUGUUUUUUGAUAGCAGUUAUCUAGCCCUGGAAGUGACACAGAACUAUUGCUAAUCAUAUGUAAACACUUUUCAGUAUAAGCUUCAGUGGUACAGUUGAACCAGAAUGAAUGUUUAUCUUCUCAGAAACACUCCUGCAAUAUUGUUAUAUUGGAUCAUGCUGCUAAUGUAACUCGGGAUACAACUCCUCUCAUGGUGCUACAAACCUUUCUGUCUCAUUCAGAUGUAUUUUUACCCCUAGAAAAAGGACUAUACUAGACCUGUAGGUAUACAAUAUAUUUUUAUACUGUGACUUAAUUUGUCAUUAAUGAACUUUGUACAACACCACAAUGUAUUCAUAUGCACUUGCAAAAGGAAAAUCUUGGACAUGCAAAUGUAUACCCAGACAAGCCCGACUUUUGUUCACAAAACUAGAGAAUGACUGUUAAUUAAAAUGAAAUGUGGGCUUUUUCUAUGGUGUGGAGUGAAGAACAUGCUGUAUGUUGCUAAGAGCCCUUUGAAUUGAGACAAAAACUGGGAAAACUAUAUUGGGGAAUGGAUGACGCACCUGAACCUGACUUGGAUUGCUGAAAUUGUAUUUUUGGCUAGUGGGGAAAAAAAUGUUUGGACUUGUAUGCUAAAAUGUUUUAAUGAUAAAGAUUGAGUCAAAAAUAGAAAGCAAAAAAACAAACAAAGAAAACCACCCCUGCAUUCCAGACUGAAUUUGUAUAUGUUUCUUGCAUUUAAAAUUGCUAUCCUGUGAUAUGAGAAAUUGAAUUGCUUAUCAUGUAUAUGUACUUUAAAAUGUAUUCACAAACUACUGUUGUAUUUGUAUAAAAUAUAGACAAAAAGAUUGCAUAUAUAUUUUUGUGUAUAAGCUCUGUAAAAUAGCAAUCACAUUAUGAAGCUGCAGCAGAACUUCAUUUUAAACAUUCACAUCCAAAGAAACAGACUAUUUAUUGUCCACAUACCCAGAUUAUAAAAUAUACCUUGCUGCUAUUAAACAAUAGUUCUGCAGCUACAGUGUUAUGUUUGCUGUACAAAAAUAUGUGAACUCCACAAAAUAUAUCAAUAAAGUUACAGAAUGGUUUUAGUUAAUGUAUAA